CAAAUAUAAGGCAGUUUGCACUCAAUCUUGAUUCAAUUUCAUGCGAUCCAUCCCUAAUUUCACCAUCCACAAAUCCCUAAUUUCUACCUCUCGGUCCAUCUCUUUCUCUCGCACUCACCUCUCUCGUCGCCGGCGUGCACAGCCGCUGCCUCUCCUCUCCUCUCUCUCUUCGGCGGUGAGACAGCGCCGUAGGGGGAAAAACCCGUUGCUGCUGUCGCCAAUAGUACCGCCUCCUGACCGCUACUCUCGCCGCGCCACCGCCGUUGAUUCCGCUGCUGCGCGGAGUGGUCGACCUGCCCCUCUCCAUCAAAUUCCAGUUCGAGCUCUCUUCUAUCUUUUCACCGGCGCAUCUGCCGCCUCGAAGUUACUUCUCGAUUCCUAACUUCCGGUUCUUAAAGAUCGCCUUCUUCCUGCGUCGUGUCGUCUUCUUCCAGAUUUCUGCCUCCUCCAGAAGUUCUUCUGCUGUUUCUUCUCCGGAAAUUCACUCUCCCCCAAUUGAUUCUUCUUCCAAGAUCAUCAUCGUCCAGUCUGAACCGGAAGAUCCAAGGAUUGAUUUAACUUGGAGUGGAAUCAAUGGAUGCGAAAGAUGUCCUGGGCAACAAUGAUAUAGAUGAUGUUCGUUGGCUCUGUUCUUUAACCGAAACUGAACUUGAUCUGGUAAUUGGCUUAAAGAAUUUGGUAAAUAUGCGAGCUAAUAAAAUUGGCCAUGAAGAUUUGGCAAAGAAGUUCGACUUGCAUAUGCUGCGGACCUUCAGUUUCAUCUUUAUGGAACAUUUGAAAGGACAGCAAAAAGAUUUACCAGUAGCUUCCAGUAACUUACUUAAACAAAGCCUCAGUGGUAGUUUUGCGAGCAUGACCGCUGAAGAUUUACAUUUAUAUUUGUAUAAAGAUUAUAGGAAAAUGCAUAUUUACAAGUUUUUCCAGGAAAUUCCUCCCUCCCAAAAGCAAAAAUUAAAGCGAAAAACUAGCAACUGAAGUUUCAAAGAGACUUGUGGUACAAUAUCAUCUUGCUCAAACACCCGUCGCCAGUAUUGAAGCUUGUUGCUUGUUCAACCAAAAGGCACGAGACGAGUGCAUCAUUCGACUUAUGAACCUCUGUGUGGCUAUCUAAUUGUUAAAAAAGGGAUCACACAAACCAAUUGCUUAAUGUUUUAGCUACAGAAUUUGAGUGUAAGUCCAUUUCUUUGCAAUUUAUGUAUUUUUCUACCUCAACCAUUCCCAUUAUAAAAAAAUGUGUCUAAUUUGAUCAAAA